AGGGGCUUUUUCUGAGGUGGUCCUGGCCCAGGAGAAACUCACCAGCCGCAUGUUUGCAGUGAAGUGCAUCCCGAAGAAGGCUCUGAAGGGGAAGGAGAGCAGCAUUGAAAAUGAGAUCGCCGUGCUUAGAAGGAUCAAGCAUGAAAACAUUGUGGCGCUAGAGGACAUCUAUGAGAGUCCUGACCACCUCUACCUGAUCAUGCAGCUGGUGUCUGGAGGAGAACUAUUCGACCGGAUCGUGGAAAAGGGAUUUUACACUGAAAAGGAUGCUAGCACGCUGAUCCGGCAGGUCCUGGAUGCUGUAAACUAUCUGCACAGCAUGGGCAUCGUGCACCGGGAUCUGAAGCCUGAGAACUUGCUGUAUUUCAAUCCUCAAGAUGAAUCCAAGAUCAUGAUCAGUGACUUUGGUCUGUCCAAGAUGGAGGGCAGUGGCGAUGUGAUGUCCACAGCCUGCGGCACGCCGGGAUACGUGGCUCCAGAGGUUCUCGCUCAGAAACCAUACAGCAAAGCGGUGGACUGCUGGUCCAUCGGCGUCAUUGCCUACAUCUUGCUGUGUGGUUAUCCUCCGUUCUACGAUGAAAAUGACUCGAAGCUGUUCGAACAGAUACUGAAAGCUGAUUACGAGUUUGACGCUCCAUACUGGGACGACAUUUCAGACUCAGCUAAGGAUUUCAUCAGCUGGCUGAUGGAAAAAGACCCGGCCAAGAGGUUCACCUGUGAGCAGGCCCUCAAACACCCCUGGAUUGCUGGGGAUACAGCUCUCUGCAAGAACAUUCAUGAGUCAGUCAGUCGGCAGAUGAGGAAGAACUUUGCAAAGAGCAAAUGGAGGCAAGCCUUCAAUGCCACCGCCGUGGUCCGGCACAUGAGGCGGCUGCAGCUGGGCAGCAGCAUGGCCGGCAGCAUAGACUCCUCAAGCCCAUCCGCAAGGCAGAACCAGAACCAGAGGUUGGUCCUGAGCCAGAACCAGGGGGGCCAGAAGCAAAACGCUCAGAGCCUAAACCACGGCCAUGUGGUGCAGAGCAGUACCAGCAAAAACUCCCCCAUCGACAACAACACCGCAGCUCCCUGCAAGGAAUGCAUCCCGACCCCCAUCACUCCCUGCAGUCUGGCUUCCCCCCCCACGGGGCUGGACCUGAGCCGACCCCACCCUUCGGCUGUCACCGCCCCCAUGCUGGCAGAGACCAAGUGA